AUGGGUGGAGUCCGGGGUGUGGGGGAGGACCAAGACAAAUGCUCCAACCUCAACCGGGACUGGACACAUGCUGCUAGGGCCAGAGCGGCAAGAAACCACCCAGAGCAGCAACAAACCACCCAGAGCAGCAACAAACCAUCCAGAGUGGCAACAAACCACCCAGAGCGGCAACAAACCACCCAGAGCAGCAACAAACCACCCAGAGCAGCAACAAACCAUCCAGAGUGGCAACAAACCACCCAGAGCGGCAAGAAACCACCCAGAGCAGCAAGAAACCACCCAGAGCAGCAGGAAACCACCCAGAGCAGCAACAAACCACCCAGAGCAGCAACAAACCACCCAGAGUGGCAACAAACCACCCAGAGCAGCAACAAACCACCCAGAGUGGCAACAAACCACCCAGAGCAGCAACAAACCACCCAGAGUGGCAAGAAACCAUCCAGAGAGGCAACAAAUCACCCAGAGCGGCAACAAACCACCCAGAGCGGCAACAAACCACCCAGAGUGGCAAGAAACCACCCAGAGCGGCAAGAAACCAUCCAGAGCGGCAACAAACCUCCCAGAGUGGCAACAAACCACCCAGAGCAGCAACAAACCACCCAGAAUGGCAACAAACCACCCAGAGCAGCAAGAAACCAUCCAGAGCAGCAACAAACUACCCAGAGCGGCAACAAACCACCCGGAGUGGCAAGAAACCACCCAGAGCCAGGCACUAUGAGGUUUGAGAGAUUUCAACUCACCUGCAAAUUCACUCAGCUGGAGCAAGUUGCCAAGAGACGAGAGCAGGUUGUUGGGGUAGGAUCAGGUUGUGAAGAGCCUAAUGGAGCCCUCCUGGUUCUCAUUAUACAAUAUUCAUCCCUCAGCCAACUAUACUGGCGCACUUCCGACUUUUGCAUGUGCCUGCUGAGUGAAGUAUCGUGCAAGUGUGCGAUGAUGUCAGGACCCUCGCCCGACACCUCCUCUCACAAUCUCAUGCCUGAUCAGUUACCUGGUAAACAGAUGGAAGAUCCUCCAGCUGGUCUGACUAAAGCCAUCCCGGAACUUGUUGUAGAUUACAAUGUUGUGCCUUGCAAUGCUGAUUUGUCACGACUUGCUACACUGGUCUGGCUGAAACCUGCCCAAUGUCUGUUUGAAAUGUGGGCUGCACAGGGAGCUGGCCAGAUGACCAUUGACCGAUCCUCAAUGUCCAUUACUGUUGAGAUUUUGAGAGAAGAUAAUAACACUUUUGUUUUGACUCGGAAGUACCCUGUACCCCCUUGCAGCUACUUCUUCCCUGAGCCAGCAGAACUGGCCUAUCAAAUGGGACCUAGCAUUGUUAGCAAGAAUGGCAGCCGUAUUGAACAUGUAUUGCCAGGACAGAGCUUCAGGUGGUGGAAAGUGCCUUUGACAAGGUCCCUCAUGAUGUCCACCUCGAGCGGCAAGUCCGGCAGUCAGCAGGAGGACUUGGACACACUGCCCCGUGACGAUGUCGUCCUGAUCGAGGUGGCCUGGGAAGUGACCAACAAAGUUGGAGGUAUCUACACUGUAAUUCAAACCAAGGCAAAGAUCACAAUUGAUGAAUGGGGCGAGAAUUACGUGAUGAUGGGCCCAUAUUUUGAGCAUAACGCAAGGACACAGGUGGAGCUGGUGGAACCACACAACACUGCUAUCAAACGGACCAUCGAUUCAAUGAAUUCCAAAGGCUGUAAGGUGUACUUUGGGCGCUGGUUAAUUGAGGGCAAUCCUUGUGUUAUCCUGUUCGAUGUUGGAGCUACAGCUUGGAGCUUGGACCGUUGGAAAGCAGAGUUGUGGGAUUGUUGCGCUAUUGGGAUUCCUUGGUAUGAUCGAGAGGCAAAUGAUGCUGUUCUCUUUGGUUUUCUCAUCACCUGGUUCCUAGGAGAGUUUGUUUCUCAGUGUGGAGGGAACUGCCCGUUUAUCAUCACCCACUUCCAUGAAUGGCUGUCUGGCAUUGGUUUGAUUAUGUGCAGAACCCGCAAUAUUCCUGUUGCCACGAUCUUUACAACACAUGCUACGUUAUUGGGACGCUAUCUCUGUGCUGGAAAUGUCGACUUCUACAACAACAUUGCCCAUUUUGAUGUAGAUCGGGAGGCAGGAGAGAGGCAGAUCUACCAUCGAUACUGCAUGGAGCGAGCAGCAGUACAUUGUACUCAUGUUUUUACUACAGUAUCACAAAUCACAGCAGUGGAAGCAGAACAUCUACUCAAAUGCAAACCUCAUGUAGUGACUCCAAAUGGACUGAAUUUGAAGACAUUUUCUGCAACUCAUGAGUUUCAGAAUUUACACUCAAAGAGCAAGAUGCGGAUUCAGGAGUUUGUCAGGGGCCAUUUCUAUGGCCAUUUGGAUUUUGACCUGGAUAAGACCAUCUAUUUCUUCAUUGCUGGGCGAUACGAAUUUACCAAUAAAGGUGCAGAUGUAUUCCUGGAAGCAUUAUCCCGUCUCAACUAUCUCCUCCGGGUUCAUCAAAGUCGUGUGACAGUGGUUGCAUUCUUCAUCAUGCCUGCACGAACCAACAACUUCAAUGUGGAGUCAUUGAAAGGACAAGCAAUUCGUAAACAGCUAUGGGACUCAGUAAACAUAGUGAAGGAGAAGUUUGGGAAGAAGCUGUAUGAAACCUUGCUGGUUGGAGAGUUACCAGAAGCGAAUAAAAUGAUUGACCAAGAGGAUUUCGUUAUGAUGAAGAGAGCCCUACUUUCUACCCAGCGCCACUCAUUGCCUCCAAUUUGCACACACAACAUGCUGGAUGACUCAACAGACCCAAUUCUGAUUACAAUCCGUCGUAUAGGCUUGUUCAACCAUCCCAAUGACCGAGUAAAGGUAAUCUUCCAUCCAGAAUUCCUGAGUUCCACCAGCCCACUGCUUCCACUCGACUAUGAAGAGUUUGUACGUGGCUGUCACUUGGGGGUAUUUCCUUCAUACUACGAACCAUGGGGUUAUACACCAGCGGAAUGCACGGUGAUGGGAAUUCCCAGUGUUUCCACCAAUUUAUCUGGCUUUGGCUGCUUUAUGGAACAACACAUCACGGACCCGUCUUCAUACGGGAUCUAUAUUCUGGAUCGUCGCUUUAAGAGCCUGGAUGAAUGCUGCAAUCAAUUAACCUCAUUCCUCUACAGCUUCUCUCAACAGUCGCGACGGCAACGGAUCAUUCAGAGAAAUCGGACAGAACGGCUCUCUGACUUGCUGGACUGGCGCUACCUUGGCCGGUACUACAGCCAUGCCAGACUCUUGGCCCUUGCCAAAGCCUUUCCCAGUGACUUCAGCCAUGAACCUGAGGAAUUGCCUCCUGGUUAUAAACAUUACCACUAUUCACGGUCUCCGUCAUACCCACCAUCCCCAUCCUUCUCCUACUACUCCAGCCCUUAUUACAGUGACAGUGAGAAUGAACAAUACAAUGAGGAACAGGAGGCUGAGAAAGAUCGUCAAAGUAUCAAGAUGGACUCCAUGUUGGAUCUAGUUCAUGAACAGAACAAAAAUGUGGAAGACUCUUUUGCAGCAUUUAGAAAUUCCAGUAUCAGUAAUCCUAGCACACCUCCUAGACCAAGUGAUCCCUCUAGUACUACAACGAGCAGUCCCAGCAAGCCCACCAAUCCCAGUGAAGCCAACAAGCCGACCAAUCCCAGCACUUUAAACAGUCCCAGCAAACCCGUCAAUCCCAGUGAUGCCAAUAAUCUGACCAAUCCCAGCACCUCAAGUAGUGCUAGCAAACCCACCAAUCCCAGUGAUGCCAAUAAUCUGACCAAUCCCAGCACCUCAGGUAGUGCUAGCAAACCCACCAAUCCCAGUGAUGCCAAUAAUCUGACCAAUCCCAGCACCUCAGGCAGUGCUAGCAAACCCACCAAUCCCAGUGAAGCCAAUAAUCUGACCAAUCCCAGCACCUCAGGCAGUCCUGGCAAACCCACCAAUCCCAGUGAUGCCAAUAAUCCGACCAAUCCCAGCACCUCAGGCAGUCCUAGCAAACCCUCCAAUCCCAGUGAAGCCAACAAGCCGACCAAUCUCAGCAGGACUACCGAUGCUAGCAGUGCCUAG